AUGGCGACCACACGCUCCGAGCCCCAGCCGUACCCUCCGAACCCUGAGCGCUUCACCAGCUGGGCUCAGGUUCUGUGUCGGGCAGGCAUGGCGGGCCGCUGCUACUGGGAGGUGGAGUGGGCUGGUAAGGGCGGGACCUCAGUGGGCGUGUGCUACAGGAGCAUGGGCAGAAGCGGCAGUGGCAGCGACAGCAAACUGGGCCACAAUUCUAAAUCCUGGAGCCUGGACUGCACACACGGCGGGUGCACGUUUGGACACGACAAGCACAGCGUUGGUGUGGCCACCCUCGGCGGCAACAGGAUAGGAGUGUAUCUGAACUUUAGAGGCGGGGUCUUAUCCUUCUACAGCGUGAGUGACAGCAUGGUGCAUCUUCACAGCGUCCAGACCACCUUCAACCAGCCCGUCUAUCCUGGAUUUUGGGUGGGUUUAGGAUCUUCUUUGAAGCUCUGCUCCCUGUAGAGACUUACGGCAAUGUGAGGGACAUUCAAUUAGUUAACCUAAUUGUUGGAAUAAUUGUUUGUAAGUUAUCACAAAAGAAACGUUGUAUUAUGAAUGCUGUCUUUCGAGGCCUAACAAGAGGAAGAAUGCUCGUGAAACGCCACUGUGAUUUCAACACAGACAGAUGGCAGGAUCUGCUCAACUUCCAGAGGAACUCUUUGAAGUGUUAAAUGAACUCUCUCUGAAGUAUUUCACAAACUCUCUUCCAACUAUUUGGUAACCGAGGUCAACGCUAUUUACGACCCGCUGCCCUCUUGAAGUUGCCGUGGUCAGGAGACGGGAGGGGUUAUCCAUUGUCCUCCAACACCUGCCCCAGCUGGAUCCAGGAAGAGCCCAAGCCCGAGAAAUCCUCUUCUUGGUCUUCAAAGCGACCGAAAACAAUGACUGUUUUACAUACUCCCCAUUCCUGCUGUGACAUGUGUUGGUGCGUGAACAUUGAACAUCUGAAUAAAUGAGGUGA